CAAAACGAGGCACAUAUAAUUUUCAACAUGGCGGGCGAAAGCAUGGGUCAGCCACAUCUUGCGAAGCAGGAUCUCGCAACGCUGGAUGUUUCUAAAUUAGAUCCUCUAUCUCCCGAAGUAAUCAGUAGACAAGCAACAAUUAAUAUAGGCACUAUUGGUCAUGUGGCCCAUGGUAAAUCAACUGUGGUCAAAGCCAUAUCAGGUGUACAAACUGUUAGAUUCAAAAAUGAACUGGAAAGGAAUAUUACUAUUAAACUAGGAUACGCCAAUGCUAAGAUAUUCAAGUGUAGCUAUGAACGCUGUCCUAGACCAACUUGUUAUAGAUCAGCUGGUAGUAGUAAGGAAGAUGAGUUUCCAUGUGACCGACCUGGAUGUCCUGGUAGAUUCAAAAUACUUAGACAUGUCUCCUUUGUAGAUUGCCCUGGUCACGAUAUUUUGAUGGCAACUAUGUUGAACGGGGCUGCUGUUAUGGACGCAGCGUUGCUACUUAUUGCCGGGAAUGAGUCCUGCCCUCAACCACAGACAUCAGAACAUCUGGCAGCUAUUGAAAUCAUGAAAUUGAAACACAUACUCAUCUUGCAAAAUAAAAUAGAUUUAGUGAAAGAAAGUCAAGCGAAGGACCAGUUUGAACAAAUUCAAAGGUUUAUUCAAGGCACAAUAGCAGAAGGUGCUCCUGUAAUUCCAAUCUCAGCACAGCUCAAGUACAACAUUGAAGUAAUUUGUGAAUACAUUGUCAAAAAAAUACCUAAACCCAUCAGAGACUUCACAUCCAAACCAAGAUUAAUUGUUAUUCGGUCAUUUGACGUCAAUAAACCUGGCUGUGAAGUGGAUGAUUUAAAAGGGGGUGUGGCUGGUGGUAGCAUCCUUAGAGGUGUUCUUAGGAUUGGUCAGGAGAUUGAAGUGCGGCCUGGAAUUGUCUCCAAGGAUCAGGAUGGGAAAUUGAUGUGUAAUCCAAUAUUUUCACGGAUUGUAUCAUUAUACGCAGAACAGAACGAUUUACAAUAUGCAGUACCAGGUGGACUGAUUGGUGUUGGCACAAAGAUUGAUCCUACAUUAUGUCGUGCUGAUAGACUGGUUGGGCAGGUUUUGGGAUCUGUUGGUGCAUUACCAGACAUCUACACAGAGUUGGAAAUCUCCUACUUCUUACUCAGACGUCUACUCGGUGUCAGAACAGAAGGAGAUAAAAAAGGAGCCAAGGUGCAAAAAUUAGCCAGAAAUGAGGUAUUAAUGGUGAACAUUGGAUCUUUAUCUACCGGUGGUAGAGUAUUUGCUGUAAAAGCUGAUUUGGCUAAAAUUAUGUUAACAAAUCCUGUGUGUACAGAGAUUGGUGAGAAAAUAGCCCUCAGUAGAAGAGUGGAAAAACAUUGGAGGUUGAUUGGUUGGGGUCAAAUUCGAAGAGGAGUAACAAUCCAACCAUCAAAUCCGAAAGAUGAAUAAAGCUACAACCUGAACAUUUAGAUUACAUUCUUCUACACAGCUUUCUCAAGAAAAUCUGAAUUAUAAUACAACUAUUUGACAAUCAAACCUCUAAGAAAGGG